AUGAUCGUCGACCCAGUUCAGGCGUUUAAGACGCACCCAACUGUGCCGCUGUCGUCGCCAACGAGCAUCGCUCCAGUACCAACCGUCGUCCCAAGCCUCCCAGAGUACCAGGAUGCCACCGAGACUGGCGAGAGGACCCUUUGGGUCGUCUUCGUCGUUAUGCUUGUUGCCACCAUCGUCUUCACUGGCAUGUCAUGGAACAUCCCAAUGGGCAAGCGUCUCUAUCACGUUAUCACCGGCCUGAUCACCACCACUGCUGCUCUCUCUUACUUCGCCAUGGCCACCGGCCACGGUGUCAGCUACCACCACGUCACCGUCCGCGAGUCGCACAAGCACGUUCCAGACACCGAGCACGACAUCUACCGCCAGGUCUACUGGGCUCGAUACGUCGACUGGUCGCUCACCACUCCACUUCUGCUCCUCGACCUUGCACUCCUCGCUGGCAUGAACGGUGGCAGCAUCGUGCUCGCCAUCGUCGCCGACAUCAUCAUGAUCUUGACCGGUCUCUUCGCUGCUUUCGGCACUGAGGGCACUCCACAGAAGUGGGGCUGGUACGCCAUUGCUUGCAUCGCCUACCUCGUUGUCAUCUGGAUGCUCGUCAUCCACGGUCGCUCUGCUGCUACUUCCAAGGGUGGCAAGGUCGGCAACUUCUUCGCUGCCAUCGGUGGCUUCACUCUCAUCAUCUGGACCGUCUACCCAAUUAUCUGGGGCAUUGCUGACGGCAGCCGCAACAUGAACGUUGACGAAGAGAUCAUCGCCUACGCCGUUCUCGACAUCCUCGCCAAGCCAAUCUUCGGUGCAUGGCUCCUGUUCACCCACGCCAGCAUGCCAGAGACCAACGUUGACCUUGGUGGCUUCUGGUCCCACGGUCUCGGCUCUGAGGGUCAGAUCCGUGUUGGUGACGAUGACGAGGGUGCUUAA